AUGAUUGACACAGUGACCGGACCUGUAGUCCAGCCCUUUGCUGCUCAGUUGAAGGCCUGGAUGGACCAGGAAGCCCGUUACCAACCAAAGCUUAGCGGCUUAAGGCUCAUAGAAAGUGCCCAGGACAACGGCCUCAGAAUGACCACCAAAAUGAGAGAGCUGGAGGUGAAGGACCUGCUUUCUCUCUCCAGGUUCUUUGGUUUCAGCUCUGAGACUUUCUCACUGGCCGUCAGUCUGCUGGAUCGAUUCCUUUCUGUGAUGAAGAUUCAGCCAAAACAUCUGUCCUGCGUCGGGUUGUGCUGCUUCUAUAUUGCUGUGAAGUCUUCUGAGGAAGAGAAGAAUGUGCCCCUUGCCAGCGACCUGAUCCGCAUUAGUCAGAAUCGCUUCACCGUGUCUGACAUGAUAAGAAUGGAGAGGAUCAUCAUGGAGAAGCUCUACUGGAAGGUGAAGGCCACCACAACCCUCCACUUUCUUCGCUUUUUUCACAGCCAUAUCCAGGAGCAACUGGACACUGACGGCAGGAAGGUACUGAGCAUUGAGAGACUGGAGGCCCAGCUUAAAGCCUGUCACUGCUCAUUUGUCUUCUCUAAACUGAAGCCGUCUCUUGUUGCUAUAUCUCUGCUGUCCUUUGAAGCCCAUGAUCAACAUCACCCAGAACACAUCGGCAAAAUAUCUGAGGCCCUAAAAUGUCUGCAGAAACAGCUGAAUGUUAAGGAUGGAGACUUGGUGAGUGUGAGGGAGCUGGUUGGGAAGUGCCUGGCUGAAUAUGCCACCACCAAGUGCUCCAGGCCCAACGGCCAGAGACUGCGCUGGAUCAUCUCAGGAAGGACCGCACGCCAGCUGAAGCACAGCUGCUACAAGUUUGCCCACCUUCCCACCAUACCCGAGUCGGGCUUUUAAAACUGGGGCUGACAGAUGGGUGACCUUAAAUGC